AUGUCACCUUCCCUAGUUUUCUCUUUCUAUAAAUCUCUCUUUUUUAACCCUUCUCCUAGAACACUAAUCUAUUUACAAUUUUCCUCAAUCAUGGCAGUUUCAUCCUUAGUAAACUUGCAUUACUCAUUCUUAUUCAUCUGUCUUUCCUGCAUAAUUGCAGCUGCAUUAGGUUUCACAGUAGACCUCAUUCACAGAGACUCCAUUCUAUCUCCUCUCCACAACCCCACCAAGACUCAUUGGGAACGGUUAAAUGAUGCUCUCCGCCGUUCCACCAUUCGUGCCCGCCACUUUGGGGCAUUGGCCACUCGAGCAACGGUCCAGUCCUCGGUGGUCCCUGCCCGGGGGGAGUACUUAAUGAACAUAUCAAUAGGUAACCCCCCAGUUACCUUACUUGGUAUAGCUGAUACUGGGAGUGAUCUCACUUGGACACAAUGCAAGCCUUGUGUACGAUGUUUUAGACAACGAACACCCCUAUUUGACCCAAAAAAGUCGUCCUCUUUUAAGACAAUUCCUUGUGGGUCCCCUCUUUGCUACACAAACUUAGCAACUAAAACUUGUAAUUCCAAUGGUGCUUGCUCUUAUUACUACUCCUAUGGGGAUAAGUCCUACACAAAUGGAGUCCUUGCCUCCGAAACCAUCACCUUCGGGUCUCACACCCCCUCGUUCCCCGAAUUGUUAGUCGGGUGUGGGCAUGACAAUGGAGGCACCUUCAAUGAUAACGGGUCAGGAAUCAUCGGGCUUGGGGGAGGUGGGCUUUCACUAGUGACCCAAAUAAAGCCCACUAUUGGCGGAAAGUUCUCAUAUUGUUUAGUUCCCUUCUUCAAAACUAGCUUAGUUGGUAAAAUCAGCUUUGGUCCGGAGGCCUUAGUCUCCGGUCCUGGGGUAGUUUCGACACCUCUUGUUAGGAAGAAUCCAUCCACAUUCUAUUAUCUCACUUUAGAAAGCAUAGGAAUUGGUAACAAAAACUUCAAUUAUCAAAGAUCAACCUCUUCAAAGAUAAUAAGUGAUUAUGCUAAGGAGGGUAACAUUAUAAUAGAUUCAGGAACAACAUUAACACUUUUACCUGAGGAGUUUUAUCAGGAUAUAGAAAAUGAGUUGAAGAAAACAAUCAAAGCUGAACCUGUUGAAGAUCCUGAAGGAGUUAUGUCAUUGUGUUAUAAGAAUGAUGCAGAUAUGGAUGUUCCAAUCAUUAAAAUGCAUUUUGCUGGGGCUGAACUAGAACUUAAACCUGCCAAUACUUUUGUCAAAGUGCAGAAUGAUAUGGUGUGUUUUGCUAUGAUACCAGCAACUGAAGUGGCAAUAUUUGGAAAUUUGGCUCAGAUGGAUUUUCUUGUAGGAUAUGAUCUUGAAGAGGGCAAAGUUUCCUUUAAAUCAACUAAUUGUUCUCAGCUUGAAGUAUAAAGUCAUUUUCUGGGAUUUUGUUUGAUGUAUUCCACUUCUUAUGUGUGGUUAAUAAUAAGUUUUGGUAUUUUUAGCUCUUAAUGGUUAUUGAUGAA